ACGCUGCACGGUGAACGUUUUUUUUUUUAAUUUCAAACAACUUUGGUGUGACUAAAACUUCUGCUAUCGGCUUCUACGUUCCGUUUCGCUACGCCACGCGAGUGAAUCGUUGAGGUUUUUCUCAGUGCAUCAAAUGCUCGGUUGCUGCACAUUAACGCCUUGUUAAGGCCAAGGCUGAUCCAUAGACAUAUGCGUGUCUAUGCGGGCGCGAAAAGUAUAGUGAAACUUUCAUUUCAUUCAAAGUCGAAAUGCAAAAAAAUUACACAUCGGUCAUACAUUCGCGUCUGAAAGUCAUUGUCAAUGCGAAAAUUUCAAACAAAUCGAAAUGAAGGUUCAUUCCCCAUCCUAAUAUAGAUAUAGUUGAUGGGUUGAAAAGUUUUAAAUCAAAAUUAAGAAAAAAAAAAAAAAAAUAAAACCAAAUGCAAAGAGGCGCCUUUAUUUUUCUUUACUAAAACAACGAAGUGACGGAACUCAAUUAACAACAACAACAAAAUUAUUAUGUCAUAUCAACCAUCUUGAUUUGUGAUACAUAACGUAUAUAAACAAUUUUUUUUUUCUUUGUUUAACAAGAAAUCGAAAGAAAAGUUAUUUUAUUAUUAGCAAACAUGAAAAAGCUUCUGUUUUUCAUCAUGGCCGAUAUUUCAUCGCAAUCGAGUCAAUUGAGAACAAAAUUGGGCGACAUCGUUGAACACAAUUCAACGACAGCAUUGAAUGAGGCUACAGAAGUCACAAAAGGAUUGCGCAAUGUGGUUGGAUGGUUAAAACAGGCUUCCAUAGAGGUACGUGAGGCUGGGAAACGUGCCGUCACACAAAUACAAAGCUCAAAUCCUAACUUUCUUUCCAACGAAUUCGAUUUGGAUGAUCCAGAUCUCCUGUCGCCCACCUCUUCCACAGCUGCUGCCGCCAACGCUGCCGACGCCUCUGCCAUUACAGACGAAACAAAAUACGAAACCAAAUCUCUGUCACACCAGGAUCUCUCACGUAGCUCACGACCAUCACUGAGUCAACCACAAAGUCCAAGGGCUCGGGGCCGAGUAGAUAACUUUACUGCCGGCUAUCAUCGUUCCACAUCGAUAAUAACACAAUUGGAGAAAUCGAAAAUCCUCCUAAAAAUGUCCGAUCAAGACAAAAAGCCCUUGACCAUCUUGCACUACAAUGAUGUGUACAAUGUGGAUGUAACUACAGAAGUAGAACCCAUUGGGGGUGCGGCCCGUUUCUGUACAGCUAUACGAACGUUUGAAAGUGAUAACCCCUUGGUAUUAUUUAGUGGUGAUAUUUUUUCGCCUAGCAUGUUAAGUACCUUUACGCAAGGUGAACAAAUGGUACCUGUGCUUAAUGCAAUCGGAACUCAUUGUGCGGUAUUUGGAAAUCAUGAUUUUGAUCAUGGUCUCGAUGUUCUAGUGGAGCUAAUCAAAAAGACAAGUUUCCCCUGGCUCAUGUCAAAUGUGGUGGACAAUGAAACUGGCCGACCAUUGGGUGGCGGAAAAAUCUCACACUACAUAUUUCACAAUCAAAUUUCAAUUGGACUUAUCGGGCUUGUGGAAAAGGAAUGGCUUGAAACGCUGCCCACCAUCGAUCCCAAAGAAGUGACCUACAUUGAUUACGUAGAAGCAGGCAAUAAAUUGGCUGCAGAAUUGCGAAACGAAGGCUGUGAAUUGAUUAUCGCAUUGACCCAUAUGCGAACCCCCAAUGACAUUAAUUUGGCCCAACACUGUUCCGGCAUCGAUUUGAUAUUGGGUGGUCACGAUCAUGUCUAUGAAAUCAAAGAAGUGAAUGGCAUAAAAAUCAUCAAAUCCGGUACAGAUUUCCGACAAUUUUCGAAAAUCACCAUCCAAAAGGAACGUGACGAGAAUGGCAAAAUCAAAAUCGACAUUGAGGCUAUAGAUGUAACGGCAAAAUAUGCCGAAAAUGAGGAGUUGAAAACCGAAUUGGCAAAAUAUUCCGAAGUUAUAGAGGCUAAAAUGACAGAAGUUUUGGGUAACUUUAGUGUUGAGUUGGACGGCCGCUUCUCGGCGAUACGUACCCAGGAGACAAAUCUGGGUGAUUGGGUGUGCGAUGUGGUGUUGGCAGCAACGGGUGCCGAUGUGGCACUCAUCAAUUCGGGUACAUUUCGCUCGGACCAAAUACAUCCGCCUGGGCCAUUUACAAUGCGAGAUCUUGUUAACAUCAUACCGAUGCGGGAUCCGCUGAUACUCUUGGAAAUAUCCGGCAAAUGCUUAUAUGAAGCACUGGAGAAUGCAGUAUCGGGUUACCCGAAACUAGAGGGAAGAUUUCCUCAGGUGUCCGGUGUAGCCUUUGCCUUCGAUCCCUCCAAGCCACCGGGAAAACGGAUUGAUCCUCAGCUGGUGCAAGUGGGAGACGAAUAUUUAAACAUGGAGCAGAACUACAAAAUUUGCAUAAAGAAUUAUAUUUACAACGGCUGUGAUGGUUUCACCAUGUUCAAAGACGCAAAAGUAUUGAUGGAUGAUGACUCAUGUCCGGAACUGGGACUGACUGUGCAAAAUCAUUUCAAAGCAAUCAAUCUACGAACCGGCAAAGGGGGUCAUCACACAAAACACAGACAAUCGCUGGUAACACUAUCCCGCCGCCACAGUAUGGUACAAAUGUUGGAUAAUCUCGAAUUGGAUGGUCCUUCGCCCAUUCGAAAAUUGUCGGGGCAUCAGACCAAAUCAAUAGACUUAUCAAAUACAAAUUGCUCAAAGAUGUUACGUCGUGCUUCCUUAGAUGACUUAGAACAGGCCAGUUGUCAGUUGGCUCCUAAAAUUCAACAUAGAAUAAUACGCAUACAAAACGAAGAGCAUUAUAACCAACUGCUUUUGAAAAAAGAGACUUCGAUUAAAAAUACAACAAUCACCGAAGCCGAAGACGAAUAAAUAACAACUUCAGAAGACUACAAGAAAAAAAAGACAAUUCCUUAAAUCUCUUCACUUUCUUAACUACUAUUGGAAGAUAUUUAUGUGAAGAAACAGCAAAAAAAAAACAACAAUUCCUAACGCAGAUCUUAAAACUUUAACCACGGACUAAUACAGCAAUCUACAUUCGAUUCAAAACGAACUCCUCUAUCAACAGAAAGUGACUAAAGUCCACGAACGCGUCUCGCCAUCAUCGCUACCCACCAUUUUUUAGACUAUUGAAUAUUAUUUAUUAACCCUUCUUUAUUCCAUUGAUUUGCUCUCUAUUAUAAUUACUAUUUUUUUUUCUAAUGCCUAAUUAUCAUAUUUUGAAAAUGAAAAACUCAAAUCACUUUCUGUUCUUCCCCUUCAGAUGAUGGAGGAUAAAGAAUUUAAGAAAUAUCAACAGCACAAACUUGGUUUUGUUUUCCCAAAUAAAAAAAGAAAUCAUUUAAGAAACAACUGUUUAUUCGUCUUAUCAGUUGUUUUGAUUAUUUCGCUUGUGUGUUUUUUUUUUUUUUUUUGUUAAUUAUAAUCGUACUUGCUGUUACAAAAUUACUUUAAUUACCAUUUAGAUUGAUAUUAACUAUAAAUUAAUUAAUUAAAAAAAAAAAAACAAACAUACAUGAAUGCCUUUUUCUAUUAUAAAUAUGUAAUGUAUGUAUAAUUUAAAUGAUAUGCAAACAAAAUGAAUUGUAAAAAAAUACAUAUACAUACACCCAAUACUCAUACAUACAUACAUACAUGCAUAAAUUGUUGAUUAUUUUUGAAGGAAAAACAAAAACAAAAACAAAGACAAAGCAAAAACAUAACAGAAUAGCUUUAUAUUGAGUAAUAGAGAGAAGAGAAAUUGAGAUGGCCAAAUGGGAUAACGGAGAAGACAACUAUUUUUUUGGCAUCAUCAUGAUAACCGCAAUGCACUUUUCGAAUUUUUUAGCACAACAGGAACAAAAACAACAACAAAAUACAGAGAAAAAAUGUUUUUAGUAAUUUAUUGUUUUUAUAUAUAGCGAAAAAAUAUGCGAGCAAAAGUGCAUACUCUACCUACCCAUAGAAUAACAUUAUUAAGCCGCAAAUAUUGCAUACAAACACACACACUCACACACAUCCACAUGAAUACUCACUGACAUGACUGCAGAUAUUACUACAUGCAUACUUGUAUCUAACAACAACAGCAACAACAAACACAAAAAGCCCAUAGUAUCGACAUACUAGUAAUAGUUAAAAACAUAAAAUAAAGACAAAAGUUAAGACAUAGUACACAUGCUGCAUAACACAAUAAAGUCAUAUUGGAACUAAACUAAACUAAAACUAUUCAAAUCGAA